AGCAUCACAACCUUUGCAACAUGCCCUUGGCCUUCCUUGGACAUUGAGAUCAGAAGUGCCCACAAAAGCUCCAGCAGUUCCCCCUCCUCCUGUUCGUGUGCGAGUUAAGAUGAGCAAAAAUGAUCCAAUGCUAGUUUCCCCGCAUCCUGUUCCUGCACCAGCUUCGAUGAGCAAAAAUGCUCCAAAUCUAGUUCCCCCGCCUCCUGUUCCUGCGCAAGUUUCGAUGAGCAAAAAUGCUCCAAAGCUAGUUCCCCCACCCGGCUUUUCCCCACCUCCUGUUCCUGUGCGAGUUUCGACAAGCAAAAGUGCUCCAAAGCUAGUUCCCCCACCUGUCUUUCCCCCACCUCCUGUUGCUGUGCGAGUUUCAAUGAGCAAAAAUGUGCCAAAGCUAGUUCCCCCACCUCCUGUGCCACCAUUGGGGUCGAUCAGUGCUAGACCUUGGCUAAUUCCUGGUUAUAAAGAGGACAAGCAGAGAGAGACAAAGUUAAAGUUAACUCCAUUAUCAAGAAUGAUAGUAGAAAAAAAAACACAUACUUGUACACGUGGAUCUUCUUCCCAAAUGGAUGAAAUAUCAAAGAAAGAGGUCACCGAUGGAGUCAAGUCUAAGUUGGUGUCUCAACUCACUUCUGGGACAACUACUAGCUUGGAUGACCUGGUUAAUUUCUCCAAUAGUGCUUUCACCAUGUUAAAUUUGUUUGGUGCUGAUUAUGGUUCGUUCUACAACGAUGUCAAGGACUUGAUCAAGCACAAAUAUGAUUUACUCACUGCUGAUAGAAAACUAGAUAUGUUGUCUGUUUCAGAAUUGGAGGAAAAAUAUCUAGAUGCUGUUACUAAAGAAGAGCAGUGCAUGAAAGGUGAUGAGCAAAAAAUAGCAGCCCGUAGGAUUGCACAAGCGGAGGUAGAAAAACUCGGUACCCAAAUGAAGGCAGCUAGAGUAGCGCAAGGGGAGAUUGAGCGGUGCAAGAACAAAGCUCUCCAAGGGAUUGAAUCCACCACUCAAUGCCUACUGUCUUAUAAAUAGAAUUUGGUUGUCUCUAUGUUGAUGAUUUUGAUUAGCCGGAGAAAGUCCUCAUCAUACAUAGACUGUAUGUUUAUGUAACUAUCUGCAUGCUAUCUGCAUGUAGCGGCUCCUUAAAGUGUCUUGUUCAGUUUUUUAAAUAGCACAUAUUUUAGAGCCUCAAUCAACUGGUUUACAUGCUUUGAUGACUAAUUAGAAUGUGAUCUUAGAACUAUUUUAUGAGUUUUGGGAGAUUUAGCAAAGUAGGACCAACUUUCAAACUUUGAAACCA